AACAACAGAUGCUUUGUUUUUCCUUCCGUACACAUAAAAUCAAAAGAUCAAACACCACAACUUCAUACGCAACCGGCUGAAAACAACAUACCGUAUCAAUCCACGGACCAUAAGUCACCACCAACUGGCAAUAACACACUUACACCAUCCAACAUGAAGUUCUUCGCAACAGCCGCCCUCAUCCUAGCCCUCUCCGUCACCAGCGCCUUGGGACAGCUGGAUAUCCCUAAAGGCGAACCCUACUGCACGGGCGACUACUUGAGAAUCAUGAGACUCAACCGCAAAUGGAUCAUCCACGCCAUGGUCCCCAACACCGACGAUAUCCCUAGAAUCUGCGGCGGUCUCUGGGAUAAUCUCAAGUCGUUUCCGGCAUGCUCCACGCUCGGGAUCGUCGCCUGCGAGCACAGGUGGGAGGGCAUGUUGACCUGGCGUUUUGGGACGAUGGGGUGGUGCAACCACGGCAUGAUCGAGUCCGUGUGGUGGGAAGCUACCAAAAACAACUUCGGCCCACUCAAGUGUAAGAGCAAGGUCAGGCAAUGAACCUGGAGAAAGGUAUCUCAUUUCACGCGAAUGGGAUAUGUUCUAUGUCGUCUGCGAAUCUAUGGAUACAACUCGUGGAGAAUCGUUGAAUAUUCAUGUUGAAGAACUAGGCCAUAUGCACACCUCCAUUCCUCUCAGUAGUCGACCAACCCAACACCAAUCUCAUAAAACCUACGUCCGGUUAACGAUAAGUGCGGAUAGGGGAACUUCAGUCUCGAGAAAUGGCAGGGUUAUAGGAGGCAAGAGGCCGACCAGUCUGAACUAGGCUGGAUUUGUUCAAUGGUCAGGAUCAGAUUCAGCUUCGUAAGCGUACACUGGUUCCAGACCAAGUUGGUAUUCGAGGGGCCUGAGAGUGCGAUAUCCACAAGGAACAGUUUAUUGAAACAUGC